AUGGUUAACCACGAAGGCAUGGUGGCUUGGCAAUCAUCACCGGAAGAAACAUGCGCACAGAAACAAGUGAAUGUAGUAUUGGUUCAUGUGAAUGCUCUCUCACAAGACUGCUACAAGAAUGAGAAUACUUUUCAAAAAUCAAUGAAUCAAUUUUUGGAAGAGGCUUUACAGAGCAAGAAAACGAUUUCUCUCGAUUCCAGUCAUUGUGAAUCAGAGAUUAAAGAUAUUUCUAACAACAAUGAAAAGUUAAUGACCAUAACGAAUACUAUAACAAACGAUCAUGGAGAAAUGAAACAUGUGGCUGAGAUUAUAAUAUUUCCAGAAUUGAUUGGAGCUUGGCUAGUAGCCUUAAAUGAACAACCCUUUAUAUUUUUAAUUCCGUCUCAAUUAAUAGCCAUGAUAUUUAUUGCUGCAGCAAACAUCAUUCAAUUUAUGAGAUAUUUCAUUGUUGAGUGUUUUUCCUAUUUUUUUGAUAUUAGACAUUUAACAAACCUAUUUAGUUUUGUGACAUGGGAAGGACUCAUCUAUAGAAGUAUCUAUAAACUAAAGGCUCAAAUAAUGUUUGAUAUUUACGAUAAAACUUUUUCAGAGAUGGCAAAACAAAGGAGAGCUUAUAUAGUUGCUGGAAGUAUUUAUUUACCUAAAAUUGAUUACAAUUCUAAAAUGAAAAGACUUACCAACGAAGGUCUUUACAACCAAUGUGUGAUAUAUGAUCCUUUUGGAAAUAUUGCACAUGUUAGCACAAAAUUAUUCCCGUCAGAGGAUGAAUAUUAUCUAUUGACGAAACGAAACAAAAAUGUACAUAUUAACGCAAAUAAUUUUUGUGUUAGCACUAAGGGAUUGGGAAGAAUAUGUGUAUUGAUUGGAACUGAUUCUUGGUUUGAUGAAUGUUAUCCUUGGUCAUCCUAUAAUGAUAACGUUAAAUUCAAUGACAAGGAUACAAGAUACAAUGUUCCGCAAUUUGUCAUUAUUCCAGCGUUCUCAAGCCCUGCAGUGGAUUGGAAUAGACUAUGGCAAGGGUAUCAUCACUAUUCAGUAGCUCUGCCCAGCGCUACUAAUGUGAAAGAAUUAGGUGACCACCUGACCUCACCAACAUUAGGUGAGCUAUGGAAAGCUCGCAUCAUUCAUCAAGCUCAACAAGCUCUGGAGAUGACUUCCAAUCAAAACAAGCACAAGUCACCAUCAUUCCCUUAUUUUGUUUCAUGUUUUUGUAGUGGAAAAUUAUGGAGCAAGGAUGUUUUUGGGGAAUCAUUUAUCAAACUCAACCACAAGAAUCUCAUCAUCAAUCAAUCCUGUUCGAAUUUCUCUCUGCCAGUUCAUACAGAAGCCUCUCUUUAA